CAAAACGCCUUACAGUUAGUCAACAAAAAGUGUUUUCACUUAAAGUUUUAGUGAUCACAUGAAUGGGUGAUAUUUGACACGAUAUGGCAUUACUUCAGAUACUUAAAGAGGAGACGAAUCCAUUGCAAGAGUUGUUUAAUAAAACACGGAUCACUUGUUCCAGUUCUGGUGGAUCUCAUGUGAUUGUUGGCGACAGCAAUGGUUGGAUUCACACGAUUGACAGACAGUUGCAGUUCUCGUCAUUCUUAGCGUACAAAGUGAUUGUCACUCAUUGCCAUCAAGUGAUAUCAUUCCCAUAUCUGGUGACCGUUGGUGCGGAUGAGCCGGGAGACAAUCCCGUCGUCAAGAUAUGGAACCGCGAGAAACUCAACUCGGAUGGAGUACCCCAUUGCUGUCGUGUCAUACGGCUAUCGACGGGACCCAUACCAUCCCCGGUCACUGCCAUCGAUGUGUUGGAAACUCUAAUGAUGUGCAUCGCCUUCGCCGACGGGAAUAUACUUCUGUUCAGAGGAGACAUAACGCGUGAGAAGAAUUGCAAACAGAAAAUGAUUGCCAUCUCUUCGAGUCCUGUCACUGGCCUCUCGUUUAAGUUGAAUAGUGUCCAGAAUGUGAAGACACAUCACAAACAGAUUAUACUUUUCAUUUCGACCACAAAAGAGAUAAUCAGUUAUAACGUAACGGUGAGAGACAAAGAGGUGAAGUCAGUACUGGAUUCGUUUGGUUGUGAUGUCAAGUGUUCGUGUCUCAAGAAUGAUCCGAAACAGUUGGAAGCGCUGUAUAUCGUGGGCCGCAAGGAUGCCAUCUAUUUCUAUCAGAGUGACGAACGCGGACCGUGUCUGGCCUUCGAGGGCGAGAAACUCCUACUCUAUUGGUACAGAAGUUAUCUCAUAGUUAUCGGCAAAGAGACCACAAGUGUGGCCAUAAAUGGCGACAAAUUAGCCCCAAAUGGGACCGAAAGCAUGAAUAUAAUCACUAUUUAUGACAUUUCGCGCAAAUUUAUCGCCUAUUCGUCUCCCAUUCCGUCGGUGAGCGAAGUGUUUGGUGAAUGGGGUUCACUAUAUCUGCUCACACAUGACGGACGGGUCGUGUAUCUGAGAGAACGCGACACUCAAACCAAACUCGAGAUGUUAUUCAAGAAGAAUCAGUUCUCGUUAGCCAUUGAGUUGGCAAAGAGUCAACAGUACGACUCGGACGCCCUCUCAGACAUCUUCAAGCAAUACGGCGACCAUUUGUACCGAAAGGCCGAUUACGACGCCGCCAUCGCUCAGUACAUUCACACCAUAGGCAGACUUGAGGCCAGUUAUGUGAUCCGCAAAUUUCUCGACUCUCAGCGCAUCAAUAAUCUAACCGCUUAUCUGCAAGCCUUACACCGAAAGGGUUUGGCCAACGAAGACCACACCACUCUUCUCAUCAAUUGCUACGUUAAGCUCAAGGAUAAGACACGUCUCGACGAGUUCCUGAUGGCUGCUGAAAGUGACACAAAUAUAUGUCAAUACGAUGUGGAGAUAGCGAUCAAAGUGUUGAGAAACGCCAACUAUUACGACACCGCUCUCUAUUUGGCGCAAAGACACAAACGCAGCGAUUCCUUCCUCCGGAUCAUCUUAGAAGACAAAUGUGACGCAAACGCUGCCAUCGAUUAUAUGAAACAAAUGGAUUGGAUUGAAGUCAGCGAUUAUGUGAAGAGAUAUGGACGCCAACUGAUCCAAGAAGAACCCGAUAAGACAACACUUCUCCUCAAAAGACUUUGCACUGACUAUAAGCCAUCCAAUGAUAAUUUACACGAAGACAGUGUCAUAACAGACGUAUUGUCAGUCAACCGGUCCAAUCCAGAGGAGUUUAUUCACAUAUUUGUAAAAAAUACUCCAAAACUGAUAGAGUUCUUAGAAUUUAUGAUUGAAACUCGUGAGGAAGACUGCACUCCAGAAGUUCACAACACUUUACUCGAACUGUAUUUGCAAUCCUAUAAGAAUGAGAUUAAAGAAGAUGUGAGUGUUUUGUCUCAUUUGUCAUUCAUUUGCAUAAUCUAUUCGUUCGGUUUGGCAACAAAAGAGUCACAAAUUAUGAAGUUAUUGCAGAGCGGAAAGGCUAAGUACGAAGUGGAACAGGCGAUGGUUUUGUGUCAAAUGAGUCACUUUGAUGCGGGACUCCUAUACCUGUACGAAAAGGCCAAGAUGUUCAAACAGAUUCUCAACAAUUUUAUCGCCACAAAUAAUUCCACAAAAGUCUUGGAAACGUGUCAGAAGUAUGGCGAUCAAGAGCCUAACCUCUGGGUGGACGCGCUCUGGUAUUUCUCCAACACCGAUGAUAACGAUAAAACCAUUCAAUUCAUUUCAAUGGUUACUGACAUUUCAGAGAUUGAAAGGAAGCGAUUACUUCAGCCCAUUAUGAUUAUUGAGAUUUUGUCGCGCAGUGAAUGCGCGACACUCGCUGUGGUUAAGGACUAUUUGAUCCGAUGGCUAACCCGAGAGAGCGAACAGAUUGCAGAAAACGAGAGACUUAUCAAUCAAUUCAAAGACGACACCGAAAGGAUGCGACAACAGAUCGAGGAUAUGAAGACUAGUCCUAAAGUAUUUCAGGCGACCAAGUGUUCCGCCUGUAAGCUGGGGGACCUUGACGGCAGGCAGGUGAAAAAAAUCUUAAAUCAAAUCCAAUCGCUUGAGAACAUUAAGAAUGUGAACGAAAUGUUUGACAAACAAAUUCAAGAAACGGACGAUUGUUUUAGCGUUAUAUCCGAUUAUUUCAGUCAAGGCUUAUUCAAUAGAGUGACGAUCGUUACGGACGAUGGCAUAGUGCAGUCCGGUUCAUCCCAUGCCAGACCCAAGUCAUUGAAUCUGUUUAAUACUAAAUGA